UUUAAUACACGUCAGAGUACCAGAUCGUUUAGUGUAUUGAAAUCAUUCACCACUUUGGUCUCACUGAGGAAGCAUCGAGCAACUUCAACCUAAUAUCAAAGCAUUUCAGCCAGGAGUGCAAGCAUUCCUCAAAGCAGAGUGAAAAACAAACAAACAAAACAAAACAAAGCUGAACGCUGUGAAUAAACCAAAUCGCUCUCGACAACAAUUCAGAAUAAAACACAAGUAUGACAGAUCGAUACGUUUUAUGUGAUUACAACACAGCAAAAGAUAAAACACCAAGAAUUCACUCCAGGUAUGGCAAUUUACAAGAGGCCGAAGCAAGCUUUAAUAAAUCUGCCGAGAGAAAAGUACUUAGCGUGGUGCUUUACGAUACUGAAAAGGACGAGGUUCUUAAAAUCGGUAUCGAUGGAGAGCCAAUUCACUUGGUCGAGGCUGUUGAAAAGGCAAGAGUUGAGAAGAAACUUAAUGUAGUUGCCAAUGCAGCUGCCAAAGCAGCUGCAGGAAUUGUCAUUGGAGGGAUUGUCGGAGCACUCACUGGUGUUGCAGUUCCGGGUGUUGGUGGAGUAAUUCUUGCUCAUUUUCUAGGCCCAUAUUAUGCCAUUAAAGGGGACGCAGCUGCAGCUGCUGGUGCUGGUGCUGGUCUGUGGGGUGGCCUAUCUGGGGCCGUGAUAGGAACGAUUAUUGCUCCAGGAGUAGGGACUUUAGUAGGGGGUAUUAUAGGGGGAGCAGCAGCUGGUACAGGUACAGCAGCACUUAUUAAAUCCCUCACACCACCAAGCCCAAAAUGUACCAAUUGCAAAGGAGCAGGCUUGGUGGAUGAUUAUAGGAGAUGUCCAGAGUGUAAUGGAUAUGGGUACAAAGAGAAGUAAUCUCAGGUGCAACUUUACUGUUAAAUUGAUAAACACUGAAAUUAUGUUAUAACUCCCUUAGAAUGCUUCUUAGAAAACUUCUAUUUUGUAGUGCUAGUUUCAUGUUCGUUACUGCUGAUCUUCCUUCCUUUAAUGAAUUCAUCAGGCAAUCUUUUUUCACUUUAAUUCUACGCAUUAAUGCUUCUGAAAACAAACCGGUAUAGUCUUGCGUUGUCAAACACAUGCUGAUUGUUUCCAAAUUAAGUACGAGAUGUAAUGAUCUUUUACAUUAGUAUAGUUUAAGCAACUGAAUGAUUUUCAAUUGGCCUACAUUCAAUUUGAAGUUUUUCUGAUGACAAUUUUUUCAGUCCACUUUAAUAAUGUUGAAAGAAAGUAGGAUUUUUGACAAACCCAUCUUGUGAAAUUGAGUAAGAAACGAUAAAUUUAGGUCGCCAAAACCUAGAAAACAUAUAUAAGAAAAGUUGGAUAUAAGAAAAUUAGUGGUAAACAACUACUACACAAAAAAUAAAUUAAAACUUUAUACUAAUAGAAUAAAUAUAAUCAUCAUCUCAAAAUCCUAAUAUCUAAACAUGAAGUUAUUAAUUGUGUUUGUAUUUAAUAACUAAUCAAGUCAAAUAUCAACUCCUCUAACUUAAUUCAAAAUAAAAAUGCCAAAAGGCAGAAUCUAACUCUGUAAUAUUUUCCUGGUUUUCAUAUUGAUUGCUCUAGUAGUUAGUCUUCCUUUUAAUAAAUAUAUUUGUUGAGUUUUUUUAGGUGGUCUUUUUGUUUUUAAUAUUGUAUAAGAAUUGUUUUAGGUAGCCUUCUUGUUUGUUUGCACGACAAUAUUGUAAAACAGCGUUACCAUCUCGUCUAUAUUAUUUAUUCUGCCUACAUAUGUUAAAAUAAAACAAAAAAUCGUCAUAAACAUAGAACAAUUUUAAAGUAUUUGUGGUUGCUAAGCUUUGUCUACACUAUCUGAAAAGUAAUUUGAUUCGAAAGCUAAAAAUGUCUAUGAUUCAUCUUUAAGGAUAUUUUCGAAUAAUAUCUUUUGUAGAACAUCAAGUGAAUGGACUUGUUGUCCAAUAAUCUUACCAGGUUAUCUAGGGAUUCUAUGAAACAGUUUUUUUUAUUACUGUUCCUGAAGAAGAAAAUACAGUGCAAAAAGUCAAAAUGCUUUGCACAAUAGAUUUAUACCUAGAACAAUGAAAUAUGAUUAUUAAUUUGAAAAGCAUUUAGUCUCCUCAGGAAAAACAUUUUUUCUUAGUUUACAGUAAGUGCAUUUUGCUUGUUUGUCAAUGUUCAACUGGCAGUCUAAACAACGCCAAUAUAUUUAUGAUGGUCUUUAACAAUUUAAAUACUACUGUAGGGCCCGCCUACUGAGAGUAAUUACUCUUAAGCGGGGACCCCAGGGGCGGAUUUAGGGGGCCGGCCCGGCCCCGGCCCCCCUUUUGAGAGGUAAAAAAAAAAGAAAGAAAAAGAAAAAACGAUAGCCCAGAACGCCUCAAAAGUCGUUUUCAGGCAUCUAAACACCACCAAUUUAACAGUAAAGAACGAUUUUCUUUUGAUUCAGAUUGGCCUUAUCAUAGUAUUCUGUUUCAGACCAACAUAAUUCGUGGUACCAAAGUAACAUUUUAUCAAAACUUUCAAUUAAUUUGGUUACUUAACCGUCUUUAUAUUGGUACUUCCAAGCCUAUUUGACCACGUCCAUGAUUUGGUUAAUAGUGGUUUUUUUUACUGUUGCAACUGUGCAAUUGAUUGAUUUAUUUGUUGAUAAUGCUUAUCUUAUAUUGGCGAAGCUUUAAUGGGGCUUUGAUCAAUCAGACACAAUAUAAUACAGUACGCAAAUGACGAUUUAUACAUAUAACGUUGCACACAAAUAUUCUAAUAAAAAAUUUGUUUGCAAAAUUAAA